UGGACACUCCUUGCAUAUGACUUCCGCUUCACUUUUAGCAAAAAAAGAGAAAAAUUACACUGAACGCAAAAAGCUUGUAUUUUUACCGUGUCAUUUUCUUCGAGAGUAUUGAGCAGCACAUUAAACAUCGCAGGAAUUAAUAUUUUAAAAUAUAAAUUAUGAGAAUUCAGUGGUUGUGGGUCGCUAGUGCGAAUUCUACUACCGUACAGUGAAGCGAUGCUAAUGUCUGUUAGCUCUGAGCGAGUACACACAGCCUUAUGAUAGUCAUUUGGUUGAAUGUGGUGGGGGCUCUGGCACUGUUAGAAGAUUUUGCAGCUUUAUUCUGAUAUCUUUCAGUAAUGGAAGAAGUUGACAGGAUUUUAAUCCAUUCUCUGAGACAGGCUGGCACCGAUAUAGACGAAGAUGUGCAGAGUGUUAAGCACUUCUCCAGUGAGCUCAUAGUGCAGGCGGUGGUGCGAUGCUUGCGUGUGAUUGACCCGGCUGUUGGCAGUGGACUCUCUCCCUCGCUGCCGCCUGGCAUGUCUGCCCGCUUCAGGGUGGGCAUGAGCCUGGCCCAAGCCUGCCAGGACUUGGGCUAUAAGGGAGAGAUUGGCUACCAGACAUUUCUGUACAGUAAUGAGCCAGAGAUCCGCUCUUUACUUAUGUUCCUGGUGGAGAAGCUGCCCAGAGAGAGUGCAGAGGUUUCUGACCAACCAGCAGGGAAGUCUGCUCUCCUGCAGAAAGCCAUUGCAGCCCAGAUUAAAGCUCAGCUGGCAAUGCCUUGGCUCCCUCCAUCCUGCCGACUGCCCCUGCACCGCAAAACCCAGAGCCCUGGUCCAUGUCACAGUUUCCAUGCCCAGCCACUGAGUCUCCCAUACUCACUGAAAGUUCCUGCCAAGAAACAGUCUAAAGAGGUGAAAGAGUAUUGGAGGGAGUAUUUGCUGCCUGUGACAUCUCAGCCUUCUCAAGCUGCCUCAGUGCCUGCUUCUCUGUUGGAGAACCAUGUUUCGGAGCUCAGCGCAGCACAGGAGUGGGAGAACGAGUGGAACAGCCAAGGCCUUCUCUCCAGACUCACUCCUGAGGAUUAUCGUUCGAGGAAAAGAUUGCGGCUGCAGAAGCGAAUAGAGGAGCAGCUGAGGGCGGCUGCUCAGCCUCGGCCUGACACACACAACGCCACACGUUCGACCUCUGACCUUUCUGAGCUGUUAAACUCCUUUGCGGGGGCUACAACAGGAGGUGAUAUCUUGACCAAAGGCACACGCUUCACCCACUCCGAGAAAUUCACCUUCACACAGGAACCUGAAAAAGCCGCUCAGCAGAUGGCAGCAGCAGCAAGUGCACUUCCCAGCUCCCACCAAUCUGAGGAGGACCUAAAGGCCCAGCAGGAGGCAGAAUUCACUGCACUCCAGCAGCAACUACAGCAGCUUUCUGUCCAAAUGGAGGAGGUGGGCGGGGACAUAAAACAGCUCACAGUGUCUAUUCACCAGGUGUCAGAUGAGCUGAAACAGAGAGAGGUACACAAUUUGGAGAAGGAGAACACCAUCAAGGUGAAAAAACAGACCAUUGACCUCCUACCAGAUGCUGAGAACAACCUGAUCAAAUUACAGAGCCUGGUGGAGGCAAGCUCUAAGCGAGUGGUUCAUUUGGCCUCACAGUGGGAGAAACACAGAGCACCACUUAUUGACGAACACCGCCGACUCAAAGAGCUCUGCAGUAAUCGAGAGAUGGAGUCUUCCAGAAAGUUAUCUGAAAUCAAAGACCUUCAUGAUAAAAUCCGACAGUCUGCUGAAGAGGCCAAAAAGAAGGAGAGCCUAUAUAAGCAGCUGAUCACGGAGUACGAGACUUUGCCUAAGGAUGUCUCCCGCUCAGCCUACACUAUGAGGAUCCUGGAAAUUGUUGGCAACAUUAAGAAACAGAAGGAGGAAAUCACAAAGAUUUUGUCAGACACUAAAGAGCUGCAGAAAGAGAUUAACGGACUUACAGGAAAGCUCGACAGAACGUUUGCUGUAACAGAUGAGCUAGUUUUUAAGGAUGCCAAGAAAGAUGAAUCUGUUCGUAAAUCAUAUAAAUACCUGGCUGCCCUACAUGAGAACUGCACCCAGCUUAUUCAGACCAUUGAGGACACAGGCAGCAUCAUGAGAGAGAUCAGAGAUCUGGAGGAACAGAUUGAGACUGAAAAUGGUAAAAAGACUGUUAGCAACCUGGAAAAGAUUCUGGAAGACUACAAGGCUAUUCGACAAGAAAACUCUGCCCUAGCUGCUAAGAUAAGAGAAGGCUAACUCAACCGGGGAAGUGUUUACUGGGACUAUACAGACACUAUGAUCGGCUCUAAUGGUAAAGCUAGUGUCACUCCAUCUCCAAGCUCAUGAGCCAUCCGUGAUCUCUAUUAAUUCCAACCCAAACACCUACAAAGCCGCUUUUGGCUGGAGAUGUGGACACAAUACUCUUUUGUAUCAAAAUGACAGAAAUUUAGUUUGUUGUGAAAAGGUUGGCACCAUUUGAAUGUAUUCUGAUCUUCUGCUUUUCCCCUCAUUUGGCCUUGACAACAGUGGUUCAAGGAGGAUCGGUACGUGCUUUGCCUGUAAAUACACAAUGACAACUUUAUUGUGUAGCCAAAAAUGUCCAUUAACUGUGACCCCAAUUUUGUUUUUAUUGAGAGCACUGGAAUAUUACAGAGAAAUGGUUAAAUUUGGGAAGUGAUCAAUUAGUUCAAAAAUAUUUUCAGUGGGAAGCAUCUUAUGUAGCAUCUAUGCUAUGUAAGAUCUUGCAUAACAUCUACGUAGGGUCUUGCACAUGGUUUUGAGCUGCGAUAUGAAUUUGCAAGCAGUGACUUAAAGUCAUAUAGUUGAGUAGUGUAUCAUUGUCUUUAACUGUCAAGCCAAGAACAGCACUGAUUUUUCCCUACAUCUCAUAUGCUGAGAGAAUUAGGACUAACUAUAAUUCCAAUCAAGUAUUAUCUCAAAAUGACCCUUGUAGAUAGAGCCAAUCUCUAAUGUGUUUGAUUUUAGAGAUACCACACAAAAAACAAUGGAUGCCAAUUUCUUUUUAAUCAAUGUGUCUUAUGUGGAUAAUUAGUCGAGUCAAACAAAUAAAUUGUCCAUGUUUCUUGUACUGCAAAUUUUCUGCAUUAUCGGUGGCAGAAUGGUUGACUGCAAAAUAGCUGGAGAAUAAAAAAUUUGGCCCUGUUGAAUGCUCCAAUUAAUGUGCAAAAAUUGAGUAAAUGUGUGUUUUUCCACAAACGAAUGGUUUAGAAAAUACAGCUUCUUUUAUACCAUUGUGAGAUUCUUGUCACUCAUUUGAUUAAAAAGAAUGCAAAAAAGUAUUAGUGAAAUGUAUUUCAAAUUUUGUGUACUUUUGCAUACUGAUAUAAUAAUACAUCCAUUAAUGCAUCAUA